AUGGAAAAAAAAAAAGAGUCUUUACUUGACUGUAUUAUWAAAAAGCCUGUGUUUCUAAAAGUAAAAAAAUUGUCMGGAGGAACGCCUUUCAAGUCUGGAUGUGCGGUGGUAGAUGUGUUGUUUCCAGGGUACGAGACUGUCAGUAUUGACUGCAUAACGUUUCAAAACAACAAAAAAACGUCAGUAGAAAUAAAAUUUAAAGUUAAUGAUGGGGAAAAUGAUGUUUGGAAAGUUUGUCUUAAAAGGCACCCUCUGAUGAAAAAAACUCAUUAUGAGGCUGGCAGCCAAGACUACAUCACUAUUACAUCARAUAUGAAAAAAACAGUGAUGUUGUGUGAAACUAAAAAAAAUAUUAUGGUCAGACUGAUUCUUCGUCAGCCAUCUCCUCACUGGAAUACUUUUGGUAUUGAAAACUUAAAGUUCUUCAUGCCCUCAAGCUUCUCAAGUCUUGUAUCAUCAAAAAAAUGGUUGAUUGUUGAUGAUGAUGGAUUGCCAGAGUCUGAYGAUGUUGCUGAUCUAAUGCAACAAAUGUGGGCCAUGACACAAGAGAUUAAAGCUGUGUCCAAGCCAGGGAGACAAAUUGGCCGAUUUGAAGGAUUGCCAGAGUCUGAUGAUGUUGCUGAUCUAAUGCAACAAAUGUGGGCCAUGACACAAGAGAUUAAAGCUGUGUCCAAGCCAGGGAGACAAAUUGGCCGAUUUGAAAUUGAUGGUUGUUAUGAUGUCAAUUUACUUUCUUACACAUGACAUGCAAGCACUCCCGUCGACAGUACCCUUCACAAGUAUUCAAGACAAUGCUCUUCAAAAUCACACUCRUGCUCAUUCCCUUGUUCAUCAAUCACGCAUGCGCCGGMCAGUUCUUCAGYAGUGUCGCUUCUGAAGGYCAMGUGACCCUCAAACAUUCAACAAUCGACUCAAUUCCGGCWGAUCACRUGAUCAUUUGCUAUUACAAGUGCGAAGAGCUUCCCACAUGUCAAAGCAUCAGCUAUCACUAUGACAAAAAGACGUGUGGCCUUAACAACAGUACAAAGAHAAGCCAGCCAAUGAACUUCGACUAUCAGCAUCACGUGACGUAUAUGCCUGUAUCGAGAUAGGCUCGCACCAGUCCUCUCAAACUUGAAGUCGACUUGAAAUUUGAAUGUCAAGUGUGUAAAUUGUUAGUAAUAAAGAGAAAGUUUUAUUCGUUA